AUGUGGUCUGCACCCACGACUAGGGAGAUACUGCUCGUGUCUGCCUUAUGGAUUACUCUCCUCAUCUUGUUCCAAGCCCCCGGUCGAAUAACGAACUCGAUAGCGGCAGUACCUUUUGGAUUCAAUAUCACUUCGAAAACCAACGCAAACGUCGAUUCCGUCCCUGUUCCCAAGUCCUACAAAACCCGGCUAUCAUGGGGGGACAAGCGCGUCCCCAAGACCAAGCUUCUCGCUCACGUUCCAGGAUGGACGAUCUUCGACCGCUUAUAUCUCAUGAAUGGCAUCGUAUACAUUGUUUCUGACGAACCAGCAUCGAUUCCGGACAUUUCGCUCAUGCUGUCGAAAGCAAAAUUCAUAGAAAACGGUCCUGGAGAGAUUGAGGGUCGGCGACCGGACGCAGAGGACAUACAGGUCAUUAGUACGAAGGCAGCGAAGAAGCUGUUUGGUACGGGGGCUCAGAUCAUCGAUGGUGUCACAUUCUAUGUAAACGACCCCUCGCAAUUCAUCACGCACUAUUACCACUGGUCCGCAGAACUUUGGUUCGGAUUUUGGAGGACGUAUUCGGCGCUCGACCCAGCCAUUAGCCCGACUGGACACACCUCGCUACCUCCGCCUCGCCGAAUCAUGUUCUCUCACCUUAACGGCGAUCAUUGGCGUGACUACGCAGCUAUGAAUCAGUGGACCCUCUUAUCUUCCGCGCCUUCCAUCACCUUAGAAUUCGCAGAAGACUUCCGUGAACGCGCUGACCUAAAGAGGCCCUUUGUCUUCACUCGCAUCAUUCUGGAGGACCGCUCGGCCGUUAUGUAUGGCUACAACUUCCAACGUUUCCAACGCAUCUCCUCCGUACCUUUCGGCCUUCCUGGAAGCGUACACUGGUGGAUGACAAUUCGCCACUCCAUCGUCAGUUUCGCUGGCGUAGACGUAGCCUAUGGAGAAGCCAAAACUUUGGGGAACCAUACACAUCAAAGAGUCGGAGAAAGCACGUCUGAUACGCCUGUUAUAACCUAUAUCAGUCGGCAGUCCUGGGGUAGGCGAAUGUUGAUCCCUGCGGAUCACGAUAAGCUAGUAAAAGAACUCUACAAACUUCGCGAUAACUACGGAUACGAAGUCAACAUCGUGUCCAUGGAUAAAAUGUCUAGACAGGAGCAAAUUACAUUGGCGGCCAAGACUACGAUCAUGAUGGGUGUGCAUGGAAACGGGCUUACCUCGCUCAUCUGGAUGAACCCGACGCCUCGAUCCACUGUCAUGGAGUUCUUCUACCCCGGUGGCUUUGCGUAUGACUACGAGUACACUACAAGAGCACUAGGCAUGACUCAUUACGGAUUCUGGGGUGCUGACUAUUUUACGAACCCAGAUUCACCGCAGGUCGCGUACCCUGAAGGCUUCCAAGGUAAUUCCAUUCCGAUAGAUGGUGCGGUCGUCGCUCGCCUGUGUCACGAGCGCUUGCAGCUUAUCUCAGAGCUCGACGACUAG